AAAAAAGAAAUGCUGUGAAUUUUAUAGUUAAUGCUUUGCUCACUUUAGAAUAAUUUUUUAUAUAGAACUUUUGAGUUUUUAUUUAAAAUAUUGUUUUUACCUUCUUUUUUUCUGUUUCUUUGUUGUAUAAAAGCAUUGUAAUGUUGUAAAAAAAAAAAGAAGUUUUACGUAAUUAAAAAAAAAAAAUAUUAAAUUUGUAUUUAUAACUUAAAUUUGAGUGUUGUGCUUUUUAUAUAUAAAAAAAAAAAAAAAAUAAUCAAUUCAUCGGUCUACUUGGAUUUGUAUAUGGAUGACGGGAUCGUAUAUACAUAUAUGUAUAUGUAUAUAAGAAGAAACUAUUUGUAACAAUAAAAAAAAUUAUGAAAAUAUUUAUACGGUUAUAAGUGCGAGUGAAUUUUUCCUUUUUGUUGUUUCAUUUUUUUUAUUUUUUUGCCAUAUUGUAAUAUUGAAGUUUAUAGAAAAGUGUUAAAGAAUUUUUUUUUUCAUUUUGUCACUAAAUAAAAGAAUUUAAGACUAUUAAUAAUAUAGAAAAGAAUUUCAAUAUUUUCACUAAUUUAAAACAUCAUUAAUAGUAUUUGAAUUAAAUAGGUAUCUUAAAAUGGCACAGAAUGAGAAAAUAGCAAUUUUUAUAUUCACAAUCUUAGUAGUUUACACUUCAGCUGAUAAUGAUGCACAUAUUCCUGCUAAUCAGUUACGAAGCUCGUCUGAAGGUACUCCGACAACUACUUCAGCUGUUACAACUCAAACUUCUAUUACACUUGCACAAACUGAAAAUCUCCUUGGAACUUUAUCUCAAAUGACAACAAUGCUUUCUCAAGGAACACUUUCUUCUUUGCCACCGCAUUCAUAUUCAGCCUCACCUACAUCCUCUGUGCCUUCUUCAUUACACACACUUAUUGGCACAUCGUCAACGCCAAGUGUUAUAACUUCAAGUACACAAGAAAGCAAUGUUGACAUUAUACAAGAAACAAUCAAUGAGAAUUCAAUGAUUGGUACAUCAAGUCCUGAUAAACGAGAAGCCGAAGGUAUUCAGCGUGCUCUUGAUUGGUUGCGAGAAAAACGAGCUGCAGAUUACGGCUGGGGAAAUGAUACUCAUAUGGUGAUAUUAGCAAAAGAAUUAUCUGGUGGAAGAGACCCUGUUGAAAGCGAUGAUCAUUUACAGCAAAUUCAAGAAUUAGAAGAUUUGUUAUCUGUCAAAGAAAUGGAAGUUGAAAUUUUGUCAAUGUUGGAUCGUCAUCACAAUGCUUUACCAAAGCCUGUAAGUCCAGAUAAACUGGCUAGAUACACUUUGGCUUUAGCAUCACUUUGCAAAGAUCCAAAACGUUUUCAUGGUCAUGAUUUGGUUGCUUUAUUGCAACACCAUGAACCGGUGUCAGAUAAUGAAUUUGCAUUAACAACUUUAGCAGCAUGCAGCUCAGCAGCACAUGUAAGGAAACGACAAAUAAGACGACUACUUGAUAUUGCAAGUGGCGUAACAGACCAAACAGUAGAUACUAUAGCAAUGGUUAUUCUUGCUUUACGAUGCAUAGUAACUGACCAUAGACAUAGACAUUUGCAACAUUUUGUGCGACGACCAGCUAGAGGUUUAGCUAGUUUACAAGAUUUAAAAGGGAGCUUUGGCUCACUUAGAAGUACUGCUUUGGCAAUGCAAGCUUUACAAGACCUUGAGCCAGACCCUUGGAACAGGUCAGCAGCAUCAAGGUGGAUCCUGGAUCGUCAAAGAACUGAUGGAGGCUGGACCGAGGAGCCUUUAAAAGAUGGUCAAGAUCCCACUAUUGGUAUAGGAUUAACAGCUGAUAUAAUAUUAGCCUUAGGUUGGAAAGGACUUGGAGCUGUGAGAGCUUUACAAUGUGAUCAUGUAAUUAGAGAGAGUAGUGACACCCCUUCAGAAAAUGGUGAACCAAAACUAGCAGUUCCUUAUGGUUUAACUUCAUCCGCUGAGGAAUCGGAGUCAAGAAAUGUUACUUACACUUAUACUUUAUGGGUAGGAUCAAAUGUUACUGCAUCCUAUUCGCUUACUUUAACUUCUCCAAAAAAUACAACAUUUUUCCGUGCGAUGACACAAGCAGCUGAAUGUGAUCCAAGAUUUGCUUUUGAGGCAAGAGAAUGGCCGAAUGGUCAUUAUGUUCAUACGUUGGCUGGAAAGAAGGAAGAGCCAAGAGGGUAUAAUUAUUGGUUGCUUUAUCGGUUACCUGAACAACCAGAUCCACAGAGUCCCCCAGGAAAUCAAUUAAUAGCACCAGUUGGAGUUGAUGAACUAAUGGUUGAAGACGGAGAACAUUAUUUAUAUUGGUACAAAAAGUUAUAAAAUAACAUUUGCUAUGUUGUUGAAAAAUAAGUCGUCAUAAUAUUGCAAAAAUGAAAAAACAAAUCAUCAUUUUGCAUCCCGAUAAAGGCACAUAAUAUUUCACUACUCCAGCUAUUAUAAUCAAAACAAAAUGUUCAUUAUACGUUCCGUUUUCUAAAAAAAAAAAUAAUUGAAUAUUAAGCUUAACAUAAAUGCCGUGAAAUAAGAUAAUACAAAAUAUACUUACUUCUUUAUAGAUAUAUAAUAUGCAAUAAUAUACGUUAUUUAGAAGAUACAUAUUACUAAAUGUGUAUUAGUUUACAAGCUUUAAAAAAAACAGACGACUUUAAUAUUUCUGUAGAGACAAGUUGGGAUAACAUUUACAAUAAUAGUUAAAUAAGCUACACUUUGAACAACUUUAAAAAAAAAAUUUAAGUGUCAGCGGGAGGGAGCAUAUUACUAUAAUAUAAGUAUUAUUUAUAGGAGCUGUUUGGUGGAAUUCAGAUAAGAAAAUGGUCUGUAUCAUCCACUCAAACACAAUUUAUUUGAAAAUGAAUGAUUUGAAAAGCUUAAUUUAAAUGAUUUUUAAUGUAUUUAUUGUAUGUGCAAUUUAUUAUAAAAAAUGAAUACAUACAAAUAUUUUCUUUUGCUUACUCAAAAUUUA